AAGGCGCCGGCUCCUCCUAAGCAAACACGCGCGCAGGGCGCACUCGCGCAGCCCAGAGGAAAGCCCUCUGCAUUCCGUGGGGCUCGGGAGGAUUACAUAAACGCGCGGCCAAAAUAUCGCCGCCAAAGGCCACCUGGAAUCAAUCAGUUACUGCGAGACCAGGAAGGAGACAGCUGGCCCUUCUCCAGAGGGCGGAGGAGCCUGAGAGCGCCCAACGCGGCGGGAGACCGGCUUGCUCAUCACUGGCUUUGUAGUCAAGGCCGCAGCAGCGCUGCAGGCUUCGCGCCCAGCGGUGGCGGCCACGGUCCCUCCUGAGGCUGCGCGAGAUGACCCCAUAAAGGCGGCAGCGGACGUCGAGGCUGGCCUUUUCUCCUCCCCCCCGCUGGCUUUGCGCUCUGCGGCAGCAUCAGAGGCGGAGCUGCGCCUGGCCUCUUUUCUCACCGGCUCGGCCGCUGCUUUCCAGGAGUGCCUUCAGCUCCAGCGUAGCUGCUGCCGUUGCUUGCUCCUCCGCCUGUGUUUGCUCCGUGCCGCAGCUGCCAUGGCCGUCUGGAGCGGGUUCGAUUACAACAACCCGCCAGGCUCGGUCCGGCCCAGCUUAACCUCCGUCUCUUCGGGGGAGUUGCAGAGUCUCCGGACGUGCAACUGCGAAAUGGCGGUGUUGUCGCUGCGGCAGCUGCUGCUUCUGCAGCCUCACUCGUUCCAGCUGUCGGGGAACAUCGUGGCCGUGUUAAGUCCGCCGAGCCGCCGGCUCGGGGGAGGCUUCACAGUGAUAAGCGACGGCUCCCUCCACGUGGACGGGCAGCACCAUUGCAAGCUCACCGGCUACUUCAAGAGGUAUGUAGAACUUAACACCCACUAUGACUAUAAAAACUACAGAGAGACUAUACUGGGUCGUCCAUUGGUAUUCUUCUUCAAUGUCAGAACAAAAUAUAGUUCUUCAAAAGAAAAAACAUAUGCUUUGCUUGUGAAUACCCGGCACCCAAAGAUGAGAAGGCAGAUUGAGAAUGGCAUGAAUGACAUAAUAUCUUCUGUGAUUGGAGAAAGUUAUAAACUGCAGUUUGAUUUCCAAGAUGUGGUAAAGAAGUUUUUUCCUUCAGGAGCCCAUUUGGUCAAUAAAGAAAGCCUGAGCUUUUCCUAUGAGUUCAAAUCUGACGCCUUAUUUGAUUUCUUUUAUUGGUUUGGGAUCAGCAAAAGGACAGUUUUGGUGAAUGGGAAAGUUCUGAAUUUGUCUAGUACCAAUCCAGAGAAGAAAGAGAUGAUAACAAAGUUUCUGGAUAAAAUGAGUGAACCAAAUCUGCGGUCAAACAGCUUUUCAGACAGGAAAUUCAGUGUUACCUCCAGAGCUUCAGUAGAUGACGUCUUUAAUGGCAACUUGACACCCCAAUCAUCUUGGACGGAGUCCCCGUUGAUAGUUUGGACACUUCAAGGGGUUCAGGAAUCUGAAGACAGAUCAAAUAUAGUAAUCAGAUUUUCAUGAAAGCAGAAAUGCACCACAGUGGAAUUGUCUUCAUUGCAGAAUGCAAGAAGUUAUUGAAAGGAAAACUUUGGUUUUCCUUUUGCAUCUUACCCAGCUCUUGCAUUCCAGCUGUUUUCUUUGGUUCAGGAAAAGUCUCUCCUGGUUCUUAAAAUGGUACUUGCAGAGUUCUUCCCUCAGCAUUAUGAGCUUGCUGGAGGAUAGAGCUUUCUUCUUAUUGCUGUUCACACUUCAGCAUAUAGCUAGAGUGAUUACACUGAUGUUAAAUCUAGAUUGUUAGAGUGGUUUUAAAUGACAAAUUUUACAAGGUGACUACAAUCAUGUGCAGUGACCAGUUCAUUUUAUCAUUGCUCCAAUGCUUAGCUCUGUUUUCAAUGGAAAGUCGAAUGGAAUGCAAAGUGCUUUUGAUGCUCCUGAAAUGUAGUAUAACAAGCUAAACUUGCUGCAUUCUUUAAAAAUGGCUAACAGUGACCUUAAAGAUCUGACAGUGCUUUUAAGAUGGUGUUCAGAAGCCCACUGUUGCUCAGAUUUGUAGUGCUGCUUUGGCUUGGAAAGAUGUGCAGCCCUAGAUAAAUCUGACUGCAAUUUGAAGUGUUUGAGAGACUAUUCUUGGGUCCAUUGCAAGCUUCCUGUAUCUCCCCAAGUCAAAAUAGCUUUUUUGUGUGUGUUGUGCUUCAUCUUCCCAUAGGCCAAAAAGAGAACUCAUCUGCACCAUAAGUUGUUCACUUUUUUCUUCCAAAGCACUUAAGGAGUCUACUGGGAGAAUCUGGUACUAUGUCAAAACUUACUUUUUUUCUUGUAUUCCCUGAAGUAAUGUUCAAUGAACUCACUGGAGUUUUGUUGCAGCCUCUGUAAAAUGCUAUAUUCCUCUGGCACUACAAUUCAUAUUAAAUUUUAACACUGAUAUGCCUAUCAUGGGUAGGUUUUAAAUGCUGUGUUUUAAAACAAGCUUGUGCCAGUUCUGGAUAGAAAUACCUAUUACUAUUGAAAUAAGAUCAUCACUGUUUGAGGCAGAUGGAACAUGCAUUGCUUUCUACAUUAAAGCUUUGCCCCGAAGCCCUGUUCAAUCAGUUAAGCCACAGGAUUCUAUUUUGUAUCUUCCACCUUGUCUUUAACUUGCCAUCAUAAUGUUCCUUAAGGGAGCUUCUUAACUUUGCUCCAACCCCAUUAUUGCUGGAAAAAGGCAUUUGCACAUAACAGGGGAUCAAUGUAUACAUGUGAGAGAUGUGUGUAGGUUUUCAAUCAUAGCAAGCAGAUGUUGGGUCACCUUGCCCCUAUGAUUCCAUAUCGUGCAAAAGGCUAUAUCAAUCCUCCUUAAUUUCUCACUUGGUUACAAUGAAAUUAAUGGUGUCAGCACAUGUAUAUGAUACCAUAUGGCAAUGUGAGCAUGAUUAGUCAAGGAGGCAUAUGAUUGACUGGCUGAGAAACUCCAGUUUUGCUUCUCACUUGUACUUGAAUGUUAUACAGAUGAGGAGAUGCAUAUUGUUCCUGAGAAAUGUAGAUUUUCUUUAAAACUAAAAAUUUCCCCUAAUUAAAGAUGCUGAUAAUUGUUGCAAGAGCUUAGCUGCACCUUCCUUUUGGGAGGAGGCUGCCUCAUUCAUUUCUGUAGUUGGGGUGUGACUUUGCAGACACUUGGAGUUGCCCCCUCAAAGUGAAAUGGGCAGUCUGCACCAGGCUAUACAUUAGGAAAAAUGUCUGUUCCCUUCAGACACCAAUGGAAUUGAUGAACAUAAUAUAUUUUGUAAUAUAUAACUGUAGACUGUGCCUUGGAUGUUAAUGACCUUAGAAUAAGGUGUGUUAUGAGUACCCCUUAGUAAAGCUGACUACUUCUUGGAAACUGUGUACUUGUUAUCUUGCAACACUGAGUGGGCAACAUGACAACUUUAGGUCUGCCUAUGGUAAACAUUUUACCUUUUUUCUCUAUAAUAUGGUAUUUGAAAACAAUUUUUAUAUUACCAAAGUAUGAUGUUUUCAACAGUGGAAAUGCCAUCCAUGUACACUAACUGUAUUAAAUGUGUACUGUAUGGGACUUCUAGAGCAUUUUGGGCUUGCAUGGUUGGAAAAAGGAAUCCUGUGAGUGGAAUGAAUGAGUCCUGCAAAAAAAAAAAGGCAGGCAUGAUCAUACUGAGUAUGCAUAUUAAAGAGUAUUUUCAAUACUACUAGUCAAUCUCUUUAAGUGAUUACAUGUUCAGUGCCUUAGUAUUUCUUCUGUUUACAAUAAAGGGAGAUUUUUAAACAAA